AUGUCCUCGAACAUUCUCUGUGUCUGUCUCUGGGAGAGGUUGAAGGAGACUCAUCGGAUCAGAUUUGUUCAAAUGGGCAACUGUCUAUCUCCCCAACAGGUCAAGAUGGGCCACAGCAAAGAUUGUGCAAAGACAUUGCAUCAGCAGUUCACGGUGAAGCUUGUACACUAUGACGGGACGCUCCAGGAGUUCAACCGCCCCGUCAGGGCCUCCGAGGUGCUCUUGGAGUGGCCCGGCUGCUUCAUCUGCUGCUCGGAGUCCAUGUUCAUAGGGUCGGCGAUGCCCCAGGUCUGCGGAGACGAGGAGCUCCAGGUGGGGCAGAUUUACUUCCUCAUGCCACUCUCCAGGUCAAAGGCCCCACUCUCCCUCCAGGAGAUUUGUAGUCUUGCCACCAAAGCAAGUGCUGCUCUGAUAGGUUCCCAUGGCAAUGGUGAAUUGCAGGACAGGGGAGGCCAUGUUAGGCAGCAUCUCAGUAGGGUUGAGGGCAACAGGUAG